AAAUAUCCAUGUCGCACUCACUACUUAAGUUUGUGUAAGAGUUACAUGGUACCACAUUUUAGUUACUGAAGAAAGAUUUUAAUUAUUUUUUCUUGUGCAUUUGUAAAGGAAUAACAUUUGGUACGAUGAAUGCCCAACAAGCACACAAAGAACAUGUUUUAGCCGUAUCAAGAGAUUUUAUUUCACAGCCACGUCUAACAUAUAAAACUGUCUCUGGUGUGAAUGGUCCUUUAGUUAUUUUGGAUGAAGUAAAAUUUCCAAAAUAUGCAGAAAUUGUUCAACUUCGACUUCAUGAUGGUACAUUUAGAUCAGGUCAAGUACUUGAAGUCUCUGGUUCUAAAGCUGUUGUACAAGUAUUCGAAGGCACAUCUGGUAUUGAUGCUAAACACACUCUUUGUGAAUUCACCGGAGAUAUUUUGCGUACUCCUGUAUCUGAAGAUAUGUUGGGACGUGUUUUUAACGGCAGUGGUAAACCAAUUGAUAAAGGACCUCCAAUUUUAGCUGAAGAUUAUCUAGAUAUUCAAGGCCAACCUAUUAAUCCUUAUUCUAGAACUUACCCUCAAGAAAUGAUUCAAACUGGUAUUUCAGCAAUAGAUAUUAUGAAUUCUAUUGCUCGAGGACAAAAAAUACCUAUUUUUUCUGCAGCUGGAUUACCUCAUAAUGAGAUUGCUGCUCAAAUUUGUAGACAAGCUGGUCUUGUAAAACAACCUGGUAAAUCAGUACUUGAUGACCAUGAAGAUAAUUUUGCCAUUGUGUUUGCUGCUAUGGGUGUAAAUAUGGAAACUGCUAGAUUUUUCAAACAAGACUUUGAGGAAAAUGGUUCUAUGGAAAAUGUAUGUUUGUUUUUAAAUUUGGCAAAUGAUCCCACUAUCGAACGUAUUAUUACACCUCGUUUAGCGCUAACUGCUGCUGAAUUUUUGGCCUAUCAAUGUGAAAAGCAUGUAUUAGUUAUAUUAACUGAUAUGAGUUCAUAUGCUGAAGCUCUCCGAGAAGUAUCUGCUGCACGUGAAGAAGUACCGGGACGAAGAGGUUUUCCCGGGUAUAUGUAUACCGACUUGGCCACUAUUUAUGAACGUGCAGGUCGUGUAGAAGGCAGAAAUGGCUCUAUAACUCAAAUACCCAUUUUGACUAUGCCUAACGAUGAUAUUACUCAUCCUAUUCCCGAUCUAACGGGAUAUAUAACUGAAGGCCAAAUUUAUGUUGAUAGACAGUUACAUAAUCGACAAAUUUAUCCACCAAUUAAUGUAUUGCCUUCUCUUAGUCGAUUAAUGAAAUCUGCUAUUGGAGAAGGUAUGACUCGAAAAGAUCAUUCAGAUGUAUCUAAUCAGUUGUACGCCUGUUAUGCUAUUGGUAAAGAUGUUCAAGCCAUGAAAGCUGUAGUUGGUGAAGAAGCUCUAACACCUGAUGACCUUUUAUACCUAGAAUUUUUGACAAAGUUUGAAAAAAAUUUCAUCACUCAAGGUAACUAUGAGAAUCGCACUGUAUUUGAGUCAUUAGAUAUUGGUUGGCAGUUAUUGCGUAUCUUCCCCAAAGAAAUGUUGAAGAGAGUACCAGCAUCAACAUUGGCUGAAUUUUACCCAAGAGAUUCUCGUCCAAAAUAAUAUAAAUAAAG